AUGUCUGGUAGAGGAAAAGGCGGUAAAGGUCUCGGAAAGGGUGGUGCUAAGCGCCAUCGCAAAGUCUUGCGCGACAAUAUCCAGGGAAUCACAAAGCCUGCGAUUCGCAGACUUGCUCGUCGUGGUGGUGUGAAGCGUAUCUCUGGCCUCAUUUACGAGAGACCAGGGGCGUUCUCACGUCUUCCUGGAGA